CACUUCUUGUAGAGCAAGACUCAAAAAACAGAAGAACUUCAUCCAGGACUGCUAUGUCUGAUGAAAUAAGAGAGAUUUCUGAGGAGAUUGGCAGUGGAUUGGAGAAUGUGGGUACCAGGCCAGCUCCUACUGCAAAGCAUCCUGACAGAAAAAUUUCAAGACAAGGAAAUAAAGGUACAACAGCAGCUCCUUUGUCAGAGGAACGUUUUAGCCAGAGCCCUGCCUCCCAGCCAGAUAAAGUUACUAUGCCCUUCAAAAUGAAUACUACAAAGACAGUAAGUCCGAAGACCAACAUGCAACCUGCUACUACAAGUAUGGCUAAGAUUUCAGCAUUAACUAAUGCAGCUCAUGUCACUAAAGCGAAAGACAAAAGUACUACAGCUAUGAAAAAUGCCACAACUCCUACAGCUAAAGGGAUGACCGCAGCUCAGAGAGAAAAAACUACUGUAGUGAUAGAGACAACAACAACUUCUAAGAAAUACACUACAAAACCAGCUGAAGAGCCAACAGAUAAAAGUAACACAACUACUGUAGCUAUGGAGGUAACAACAGCUAAAACAGAGAUGACUACUGAAGCUAGGAAAGCAACAACAGCUAAAAGUGACAGAACUAGUGCUGCUAAAAUGGCAAUGACAACAGGUAAAAGAGUCACACCCACGGCAGCCACAGAGAAGACAACAACAGAUAACAAUGAUAUGACUACUGCAGGUAAAGAGACUAUAACAACAACAGAAAAGCAAGGCAGAACAACAACAGAUAAAACAAUACGCAGAAAAGACACAACUCCUGUAGCUAAAGAUACUGUAAUGACAACAGAUGAAAGAGACCUAACUACUCUGGGCAAAGAGACUGUAAGAACAACAGAAAAGAAAGACACAACAACUACAACAACUAGAGAAACAAUAACCACAACAGAUAAAGAAGUCACAACUAUUGCCGAGAGAGAGACUGUAACAGCUAAAACAGGCACAGCUGCAGCUAAAGACACUGUAAAAACAACAGAUAAAAAAGACACAACCACAGCAAAUGACAAGAUUAUACUGACUCCAGAUGAAAAAGACUUAACAACUAAAAAAGACACAACUACUGCAGCGAGGAAGUCUGUAACAAGAGCACCUGGAACAGACACAACUACAGAAAUUAAAGACACUGUAACAACAGCAGGCAAAAAGGAUACAACUACUGUGGACAAAGAAAACUUGCCAACAGAUGAAAGAGACAAAACCACCACAGGUAAAAAAGACACAACGACCAUGGACACAAAGAUUGUGAUGACUACAGCUGAAAGAGACACAACAGAUAAAAAAGACACAAUUACUGCAGAGAGAGAGACUGUAACAACGACAGCUAAAACAGCCACAACUGCUGCAGCUAAAGACACUGUAACAUCAGUAGCUAAAAAAGACACAACUACAGUAGGUGAAGAGAUUAUAUUGAGUCCAGAUGAAAAAGACUUAACAACUAAAAAAGACACAACUACUGCAUACAGAGAGAUUGUAACAUCAGCUAAAACAGCCACAACUGCAGCAGCUAGGGAGACUGUAACAAGAGCACCUCAAACAGACACAACUACAGAAACUAAAGAUACUCUAGCCACCACAGGUAAAAAAGACACAACUACUGUGGACAAGGAGACUGUAAUGACAACAGAUGAAAAAGACAAAACAGCAGAUAAAAAAGACAUUACUACAGCUGAAGUCAAUAUAAUGAUAACAGAUAAAGCCACAACUACUGCACACAGAGAGACUGUAACAACUAAAGCUAAAAUAGUAACAACUACUACAGCAAAAACAUCUGUAAUGACAACAGCUAAACUGGACACAACAGCAGCAGCUAAAAAGACACAAACUACCACUAAACAGACACCUACUGCUGCUGAAGUAACAACUGUGGCUAUAGAAUUGACAACUGCAGAUAAAGAAGAGACUGUAGAUAACAGACAGAAAACUACAGCUACUGAAGAAACAACAACUGAAGAGAAAAAAGAGUUAACCACGGUUAUCAAAGAGAGAACUACAGAGGACUCAAAGGGCAUGACUACUGCAGCCAAAGAGAAAACUGUGAAUGAAAACAAAGAGAUAAGUACUGUUCUCCAAGAGACAACUACAAGUGAUACAACAGAAAUAACUGCUGCUGAUAAAGAGAUAACUCUAGUUGAUAAUAGAGAGAUAACUGCUGUUACCAGAGAGCCAACUAUGGCAAAUAAAAAAGAAACAGAUGCUGUCACUAGAGACACCUCUACUACCAAUAAAAAAGAGGUAACAACUGCUACCGAAGAGACAGCUACAGAGGAUAAAAAAGAAAAAGCUUCUGAUGAUAAACAGGCAACUACAACAGGUAAAAUAGACACAACUGCCAGUACUGUCACUAGAGAAACACUGACUGUCUCUGAAGAGGUGUCCACUACAGCUAAAGGCUCCCAGGAAAGACCUGUGUCACCAACAGAAGAUAAACCUGGUACCACUGUCACUCAAAUUCCACCAGUAAAAGCCACUGCCAAACCCACCACUGAACCUGAAAAAAACACUAAGUCUGUGAUACAAAUUACUGCUACUCAACCCAUAAACCUUACUACCUCUCAACCUAAAGACCUCACUGAAACAAAAGUCCAUUUUGAAACCACAAAAGAAACUUCUAUGGUUACUAAAAGAUCUACAGCGAUUUCCAUUUCCAAGGAGACUACUGAAACCAAAGACAUCUCUGAAAAUACAUACACUAGAGAUACUACCACCCAGAAAAACACAACACAAUUUCUAACUGAAAAAUUGCAAACUUCCAAGAUUCUCAUCAGCCCUUCUUUGGCUCAGAAACCAGCUACCCAUCCAGUCACUCCUGAGCAGGAGAAACAUAGAGAUCAUUCAAGUCCCACUACAAUUAGUCCAGUCACUCUUCCAGAAAGUAAUUUCCCUCUCAGAAACACAGAAAACCCUAAAGAAACUCCUGUUCCCUAUGAGGGACCCAAUCAAAAUCCUACCUCUUCCAAACAAGUUAACUCUAUAGACUACCCAGCAAUCUCAUUCACAACUUCUAUUGCUCCACUGAGAGGUACACCUAAUCCUAAUGACAAUGAUGAAAACAACAGGUUGGAGACCAUUAUGAAAGUAACAUGGACAACAACAAAAUCUAAUUCAGCUAUCCCUCAAAAACAAGAAACAUCACAUGGUGUUACAACUAAUACCAGCAUUGAUCUUGUUUCAGAUAAAGAGAUUACCAAGGAAAGUCCAAUAGCAAUGAACACAAAUACUUCAGUAAAACAUACAAUAGUGUCGUCAAUCCUUACAGCUGAGAAGGAUAUGCAUCAUACCUCCACCUUGCCAAGCGGAUUCAUAACCACAAGGACUGAAGAAAGAAGAGAAGUCACACAUUUCCCCACUAAAACAUACUCAUCAAUAUCUUAUUCAACUAAAGCUCCUGAAAGAAGCCCCGCUAUACACACAGACUCCAAACUACAGGACAAGAUCAACACAACUGUAUUUUACAAAGAUGAACAAGCUAAGAAUUUGUGUAACGGAAAGCCAGCAGAUGGAAUUGUUGCUUUACCAAAUGGAACAUUAGCUGUAUUCCGAGGUCAUUACUACUGGCUGCUGGAUUCAUCUAGGCAGCCAACAGCGUCCCCUCGUAAAAUCACUGAGGGGUGGGGUAUUCCAUCCCCCAUUGAUACUGUCUUUUCCAGAUGCAACUGUGACGGCAAAACUUUCUUCUUUAAGGGUUCCCAAUACUGGCGUUUCACUAAUGAUGUGAAGGAUGUGGGCUAUCCCAAACAAAUUGCAAAAGGAUUUGCAGGACUAAGUGGGAAAAUUGUAGCAGUUCUUUCAGUAGCACAGCACAACAACAGACCAGAAUCUGUGUAUUUUUUCAAGAGAGGUGGCAGCGUUCAACAUUAUAUCUACAAUCAAGAACCAGCCAAAAAGUGCAAAAAGAAAGUAUAUGUUAGGUACCCCGCUUAUACACCCAGAGCUGUGAUCAAGAGGAGACGCUUUGAACGUGCAGUAGGAUCAGCAAUCAUGUACCGCACACCAGUCAUGUACCACACUCUCAGAAUCAACCAUAAUCCAUCCGGAAUAUUACAUCAUGAGGUUAAAAUAAACUCUUACUGGAGAGGAUUUCCAAAAACAGUUCACUCGGCUAUAUCAAUACCUAACUACAAAAGGCCAGAUGGCUAUGACUACUAUGUUUUCUCUAAAGAUCAAUACUACAACGUGGAUGUGGCCAGCAGAAUAGCAAGAUCAGUUACCUCUCAGACUGGGCAGACAGUAUCCAAGGACUGGUAUAAGUGUCCUAAAAAUGAUUUGUAAGACCGGAUUUUAAAGAAAGAAGCCAUUUUAAUUUGAGUUUGUCUAAUUUUAUUAAUAAAGACAUUGAAAUAUGCGCACAUCAAUCUACGUACAAAAUGCUGCUUUUAGCGCUGCAAUCAUUACACUAAAGCAACAAUACCCAAUCUGACAGUCUGUAGACACAGCUUCAAUUACUUUACAGAACUUUUAACUAAUAUUGCCUCUGUUUAGGCCUCCUCUGCCUCCCAUUGCAUGAGUUACACCUGUGUAGGGAAAGAGACGAGUAUUAAUGCAAGUACUCUUCCCCACUCCAAUAAUCAAACAUGGUCAGUUUGCUACUUUGUUUGGUGAUGAGAUGAGUGUGCAGGGGAAUAUUCUGUUAGCGGUCUCUGUGAUGGCCUAGCACCAAGAGGUACUAUGUGGACUUUCAUUCCAUGGGUGAGAAGAGUCACAACCACAGCAUGCUCAAUUAUGGGUGGAGAGGGUUACCCUCCCUUUUCACCAGCCACCCUUUUGGUUAAUGUGUGACAAUAGAUGGGAUUGCAUUGGAAAUCCCUUCUAGUUCUAUAAGUACAUUUUUUAUGGUUAGAUCCACAACAUCUGAAUGUUAACAGACAUAUCAGCACUAGCACCAAUCAUGCAGAAUAUUUAAUAUUUGUGUUGAUGAAUAAAUUUAAUCUGGGUAGGGUUUUUUUUAAUGUGGGGGCUGUUAUAGUUAAUCAUUAGUAGCAAUCAAAGUAAAAUCUGGAGAAUACUAACAUAAUAAGCUUCUGUAAUUUCAAUCAUUUAAUUUUCUUUAAAAAGCAGCAUAGUAAUUCCAGACAUCAUCUCAACGAAAAUCUUAAAUUUGAAAUAGGAAAAUUGUGUUAGGAGUAAUCUUAAAGAUCAGAAUUGUAUCAUAUCAAGCUUAUGUCCUAGCGAUAAAUUACCAAAAAAAAAGUAAGUUUAAAAUCUACUGCAAUUUAUACGCCUUCUAAAAUCAGAGCCAGGAGCUCCAGAAGGAGGAUGGUUUCUGUAGUCUUUUUGCCUGUCAGCCAAAUGAAUGCUUUGGAUAAUAUAUAUUGAAAGCUCUGUGGGGCAGGGACUCUGCAUUAUUCAGUGUCUCAUCAUGUAUACUUAUGGUGGCACUAUAGAUAUCCAGUUUCAAAAGGGUUAAGAAAAUUAAGAGGUUAUUUGAAAGAGUACAUACAUAGUCACAAUAAUUAUAACAUUGACAGUCACUUACCCCUCUGUCUGUUAAACUGACGACCACGGACACCAGUUCUUAAUGUUGGUGGCUGAAGUCUGACACGCCGGAAAGGCUUUGGCUGAUUACUGCUUGUGUCUGUAGAGAAGGAAGAGUUUCAGAAAGAAUGUAUAAGAUUGUUACUGCAGUAUAAUUUGUAACUGUUAGUGAGUCCAUCGCUUAAGUUUAACGUACAUCUGUACUUGUCUUUCAUAUUUUAAAAACUUGAGUGUGCAACAUAUUUCAUUAACAUCUUCUCAGAUAAUAAUAAUAAUAAAGCCUCAGAUUGAA